AUGAAAAGAUGUUCCCUUGUCCUCAACACUGUCAAUGGGGUAGCUGUCGGUGAAGCAACCCUUCCAAUUUGGAAGGAACACUUCAAGACCUUGCUGAACCGGCUAGCACCGUCAGCCCCUGAACUCGAACACGUCCAUAGACCGACAUACGCGGUUAACGAGGAGCCACCGACCGUGUCGGAGGUCCUGGUCUGUAUUCAAAAAAUGAAGAAUGGAAAAUCUGGUGCAGACGAAGGGAUUAGCGCAGAAAUGCUAAAGUAUCUUCCUCCGUCUGGGAUUCGUGAGAUGACAAAGAUCAUCCGUUCAAUAUGGAUAGACGAAAGGAUACCUGAUUCGUGGAGACACGCUAUCAUAAUUCCCCUCCACAAGAAGUUAUCCGUCACGGACCCCAGGAAUUAUCGAGGAAUCUCUUUAUUAUCGUGUUAUUUGUGUUACAAGGUAUUGGAGCGCAUUAUCCUGGACCGACUCAUUAAACAUCGCGAAGAAACAACGCGCGACGAGCAAGCUGGCUUUCGUCCUGGCCGAUCUACGAUUGACCAGGUGUAUCAUCGUCCGGAGAGUGAUCGAAAUCUGGCAGCGGUAUUCGAAGCCAAUGCAACUAGCGUUUCUGGACUUUGA